AGCUUGUAUUUCCUUCUCAUCAUUCCUUCAAUCGCAUAUAGCACAAUAGCAGCACUCUAUCAAAUAACAAAGAAAUCCGCAGAGACACAGCAUCAUGGCAUCGAUGGCCUUCCCUGGCACCGCCACCACCAGAGCCGCACUCUCAUCUCUAUCGCGCGCCUUCUUCUUCUCCUCCUCCCGCACCCGCACUCCCACCUCCCUCCUCCAACCACCACCCAUUUUCGUCUUCUCCUCACACUCACACUCACACCCAUAUCCCAAAUCUUACAGCUUCCACUUCACAACGCGCCCAUUCACCUCCAUGAAACCCAACACUACAAUCGACACCAAACUCAACUUCUCACUCUCCGACUCUGACUCCGACUCCGAUGAAGACAGCGUUGUUGCUGCCACCAAAGACAACAAGAACAGCAAUAAGGGAAAGCUACCACCCCCCUACGACCCAUUCAGCAAGAAGCCCCCGAUACAAGAGCCCGAGGACCCCAAGGACCUGCAAGGAAUCUUCCACAACAUGAGAAGCGGCGAUGGCCUCAUGAACCAUGCAGUUAAGAUGUUCGACGCAUUGUCCAAAGAGGGUCUCACGCACGUGGCGCUAGAGCUCUUCGCUGAGAUCAAGGACAAAGGUCACGUGCCGGACGUGGUGGCCCACACGGCCAUUGUUGAGGCCUACGCCAACGCGGGCCGGCCCAAGGAGGCUCUAAAGGCCCACAUGAGAAUGCUGGCAUCUGGGGUUACACCCAAUGCAUAUACUUACGCUGUGCUUAUAAAGGGGCUUGCUGGUGGGAAGGUUUUGAAGGAUGCCAAGAGAUUUGUGUUGGAGAUGAUGGAUAAGGGGAUGAAGCCCAGUGCCGAGACUUACACGGCGGUGUUUGAGGGGCUGGUUAGGGAAGAGAAGGUUGACGAGGCUAUGGAGUUGUUGGGGCAGAUGAAGGAGAAGGGGUUUGAACCUGAUGAGAAGGCUGUGAGGGAGGUUAUGAGCAAUAAAAGAGGACCAGUUUUCAGAACUGUUAUGAAAGUUCUUUUUGGAAAAUGAGAAGUGUGUGAGUGUGAUUUUGGACUCGCAAUCUUUUCAGUAGGGAAUUGAGAUGUUGAAGACUUGAAGUCAAUUGUGGAUGUUGUCUCUUUGCUUCGUCAUCAGGUUUCUCAGUUCAUGAGUGAGAAUGACUUUUCUUUUUUUUACUUUUCCCCCUUGCUGUGCAAAACUUUAAGGUCAGUACUCAAUACUAGUAUAAUACUACUUUAAAGUUGCCAAAAUGUCAUUUUUGCUUGUAAAAUAUUACUUUGUUUCACACCCAUUAAGUCACCUCUUUUACCUGCAAAUGACAUAAAUUGGCAUACUACUUUCUUGCUGCAUCCGUGUCCAAAUAAAAAA